AUGUACAUUAUGCGGGAGGGGACGGCCGUGGCCUGCAUCCGGGGAGACCAGGGCGAGGUGGAGGUGAAGCGCUACGGCGAGGGGGACUUCUUCGGCGAGAUCGCCCUCCUCACGGGGGAGCCCCGCAGAGCGAGCGUGUACGCCUUGGGUCCCGCGACCUGCAUGUACAUCGCCCGGGACACCUUUGCACGGGUGCUGGGGCCGCUGCGCGACUUCCUCGUAAGAAACAUAGACGAAUACAAGAAGUACCAGGAGGCCAUCGCCGCUUCGGCGGACGAGGAGUACGAGAGAGGGAGGAGCUUCGCCUCGGGCGACAACUCGCCUGUGGUCCACGCUCCCUCUGGCGGGAAGACGGAGAGAAGAAGGCGAAGCCGCACCCAGAAAGAGAUGGGCCAGAUUUUGGAGAGAGGCGUGACGAGCAAGGUGACAGAGGUGGGUGGCACCGCAUCCGUGCCAGCCAGCCUAGCGGACAAGGUGGCUCAGGAUUUCAACAACCCCGCGCUAGUGACGCCAUGCGACAAGUUCGCCUUGUCCAGCAAGGACCUCCAGUUGUACGGAGGCCUCAGACCUGGCGAGAAGUUCACGGUCGACAAAUCGCUCAUCCAGAAGACGCCAGCCGUGCCAGCGACGGCCUGGACGACCUGUAUUCCUGGAACGGGCCCUCGUGGCUCAAGGGCUCGACGCACGCGGCGGUCAUCUGCCAGAAGGGGCAGAAGUCGGCUGCGGAUCCGACGCCCAACCAGGACGGGACAAUUUUUUCAUUGUGCACAUUGGCAACAUCGGCAUAUUUGGUGUCUGCGACGGUCACGGGCCAUUCGGCCACCUAGUGUCUUUCAGGCUGGUUCAGACUUUGCCAUACUUCAUCGCCUCCAGUGCCCACUUCGGAACGGACUGGGAGUCGGCCUUGAAGGAGGCGUUUCUGUCCGCUCAGAGCGACCUAGUGAGCUUCUCCGAGGAGCACAACAUUUUUAUUGA